AUGACGCUCCAAGGUGAUCUGCUCCAAAUGACCCUGGCCAUCAGCAAUGGUAGCCACCACUGCCCCCACACCAGACCAAGAAACACAAAGCAGGAUGUGAGGAGGAUUUUAGAUUGGCCAUUGGACGAGGCAGGCUCCUCAACCAUAAGGUGGACUUUAAAAGGCCAUGAAAGUCGCAAUGAGUCGCCAUGGGAAUUCUUCACAACAUCUGCAGUCACUGUCUUCUCAUACUCUCUUCCAACCGUCAUGUCUGAUCUGCCCAUUCCUUCUUGGCUGGAUGUCUCAACAGCCUCGUUCCUGUCUACGCCCGAAGACACGACGGACACGUUAGAUCCUCGCUCUCUUUUUCCUGAAGAACAGGUUGCGAACAAUGCUCCAUCAUACGAUAAUGGAAGCAGUGGCAUCCUGUGCAAUGCAUCUAAUGCCCUCUUUGCUGAUCCCCUACUCUACGAAGAUUCUUUCCUCCCGUCUGAAAUUCACAGACAACUCCCCGUCCAAUUCCAGGCGCAACAAACCAAUCAAAUGCCGCCAUCCCUUGUGGCUAGCAGUCCCGGCUUCCGGUCCGUGUCCGGGGGGCGUGGCUUCCGCCGGGAAAUGCUGCAGUUGGAGUCGGCGCCGCCUAGGACUAUUACUCCCAGCGAUCCUUAUCUUCCUACAAAGCCCGCUGCUGCGGAGCAAUGCCCCGCCAGCAAUCACACAAAGGCCACGGUGAAAUCCAAUGGGUCUACCCAUUCUGCUCCGAGGACGAGAAAAAGGCAUGUAUCCAUUCGCUCACAACUCUCUCAUGGCAAUUGA